AUGAGCAAAAGUGCUACACAUUGGUCGCGAUCGCGUGACACCUCCCCAGCCCGAUGGAUCACUGCCAGGAACAUAGUCAAAGAUAAUCUCUUACAUUACCAGCAGCUUCCUCUUCCUCUUUCUCUUAGCGCCUCUAUACAUUUUGCAAAUCUACCGGCGGAUUCUUGGGUCAGAAAGGGAAAAAUAUUCUGUUCUGGUGGAAAAGAAUUGUGUAAAUGUAUUAAACAAGGGAAUAAGUAUUCCCUGAGUUAUUACGGGAUAGCAUUUUUUUGUGAUUUUUUCGAACUAUUAUACAUUUUAAAAAAUUCUUUUGACAGUAGGAUUAAGGUUAGCAGUGAUGUCUGUUUAUCUGCGGAGAAUAUUGUUGUUGCUGGCAGUGUGAUUCCUUACGUGAAGACUGUAAAAUACUUGGGGGUUGUUAUUGAUAACACUCUUUCAUGGGAGCAUCAAGUUACCAAGAUGUGUAUUCAGGCUAUGAGUUCGUUGGCUCAGUUAAAAAUAAGCAAUGAAGUGUUCAAUAGGCAAUUACGUAUUAAACUUGUGACAACUAUUAUUUUUCCGAUUUUUGAUUAUUGUUGUGCUGCAUUUACAAAUAUGUCUAAAAAGUUACAAAUGAGACUACAAAGAAAAAUGAACUCGUGUGUGAGAUUUAUUUUCAAGUUAUCACGAUAUGAACAUGUAACUCCAUAUUAUAAACAAUUAAGUUGGCUAAAACUGAGUACAAGGAGAGAUUAUUUUAUUGCGUGUUUAUUUUUUAAAGAAAUUCGGUUAAAUUAUCGUCAGUUGUUUGGCUCAAAGCUGCAGUUCCUGGAGGUUGCAAUGCGCCGAGGAGACAUUAGGCAGGAUUACUUGAAAUUACCAAUGUCUGCAAGUAACAUUUACGAUAAAUCGUUUUUAAUUCAAGGCAUACGAGUCUGGAACUCUUUGCCGGCUGGGCUUACAACUGUAGAUAAUUUGACUGAAUUUCAGAAUCGCUUAUUUGUAUUCCUUCUCGAUAAAGAUGUUUAG